AUGGCGAGUCCCCUGAAUGCCACCAGCACCUUCUCUGCCAAAUCCAACUCCCAUUGGGGUGAGCACUCGGACACGGCCAAGGCCACCCAUGUUCCUAGACAAGAGGCCCGACCUGCGGAGCUGUGGCGGUUUGACCUGGAGGCCGGGAGCAGAAGUCUGGCCGUGGUGAGGGUUCAGGGCUGGGCAUCCCUCCGACACUCACGCUGUGGUCCCCAGGUGUUCGACGCGGGGGAGAUGUUUGGGAUCAUGCAAGUGGAGGAAGUGGAGGAGGAGAGUGAGGACGAGGCCACACGGGAAGCGCACAGGAAGAAGCCCAACCCGGGCAGCGAGCUCUGCUACAAGGUCAUCGUGACCAACGAGAACGGGCUCCAGGCGGCCGACCCCAACAGGUCACACUGCGAUCACCCGUGUGGGCUUGGGGCCUGGCUGCCGGGCGGGGCCACGUAUGGGCCCGCGUGUCUCGGUGCAGAGGAGGUGACCCGGGACUUUGCCUACGGAGAGGCGGACCCCCUGGUCCGGAGGUGAAGGCUGCUGCCCUGGGCGCCCACCGACCUGCUGGACCCGCUUUAUCCCCCAGCACAGCAGCUGCUCAUGGAAUGCCUCAGGGCUGUGGGCGGGAGGGAACCAGUCACCGGAGUCACUGUGGGGGGUGCCGUGUGGUGCCGGCGGUUCCGAGUGCUGCUGACGGGGAGGCGGGUGCCGCGGGGGUCCGGCCGGCACUUCCCACGAAUCAGGUCAUCACGUGGGCUGGCUGUGCCCCCAGAUCCCAAGCCCUGCUGUGCCCGGAUGGGGAGGCGGUGCCCACGGCGUCCUUUCCCGAGGGCCCAGCCCCACCGCCCGUGUCUUUGCUUCCAGGCCAUUUUGGAGGAAAACAAGGAGCAGCUGCCACUGGCCAUCGACCCGGUGGUGCGUCCCAGCGGCCACAUCUUCAAGGUGCACACGGACGUGCAGCAGGUGCUCAGCCACCUCACGCACCCCCGCUUCACCUUCACGCAGAGCGAGGCAGAUGCCGACAUCCUCUACAACUUCUCCUCCAACGGUCUGAGGGACAGUGAACUGGCCCCCUGUUUAAAAAGUUUGAGGACCCCUGCCUUAGGCCCUGCCUCUGACCUCUGCGGUGAUGCCUUCCUCAGCCCAGGGGAGAAGGGGGGUCCCUCUCUCCCAGGUCCCAGGGCCGUUGCCUGGGAGGGACCCCGGGCGCAGCCCAGCCUCCCUUCUGCUCCCAGGGGCGAGGACAACCACUGGAUCUGCAAGCCCUGGAACCUGGCGCGCAGCCUGGACACCCACAUCACCAGGAGCCUGUGGGCCCCCGUGAGCCUGCGUCUGUCCCCGCAGGUGGUGUGCAAGUACAUUGAAAGUCCUGUCUUGUUCCUUCGAGAAGACGUGGGGAGGGUCAAGUUCGACGUCCGCUACAUCGUGCUGCUGCGCUCGGUGAGGCCCCUGAGGCUGUUCGUGUCAGGGUCUGCCUGCUGGUCUUGCAGGCCCUUCGCCCUCAACGACCUGGACGACUACGAGAAACAUUUCACUGUCAUGAACUACGACCCGGAAGUGGUGCUGAAGCAGGUGCACUAUGACGAGUUCAUCCCUGAGUUUGAGAAGCAGUACCCAGAAUUCCCCUGGAGGAGCGUCCAGGCCGAGAUCUUCCGGGCCUUCACGGAGCUGUUCCAGGCGGCGUGUGCUAAGCCGCCACCCCAGGGCCUCUGCGACUACCCCUCGUCCCGGGCCGUGUACGCCAUCGACCUCAUGCUGAAGUGGGACAGCCGUCCGGACGGGCAGCGAGUGAUGCAGCCCCAGCUCCUGGAGGUGAACUUCAACCCCGACUGUGAGCGCGCCUGCAGGUACCAC